ACUCUGAGCAACCAUCAUCAUCAUCUUGGAGAGAUAAGGGACCAAAGCUUCUUCCUUUCCACUUCCAUUUUGCACCAUGCUUUCCUUAACAUCAAACACCCUCAAACCCUUCUUCUCUCCCUUCACCUCCACCUCCACCACCACCCUAAACCCUCACCCACCUCAUCUCCUCUACCCAAAACCUUCGCUUAAACCCAUCUCAGCCUCCAUCCAAAACUUCCCCUCUUCCACCCCAAAACCAAAACCAAAACCAAACCAACAAGUCUACCAACCUUUCCGGCCACCCCCUUCUCCCAUCCCGGAGAAAUACCGCUCCUUGGACGCCAAUGGCCGUCUCGAAAUCCUCGCCAACCGUCUCGGCUUAUGGUACGAGCUCGCCCCAUUGAUCCCUUCUCUACUUCAACAGGGCUUCACCCCUCCCACCAUUGAAGAAAUCACAGGGAUGUCCUCGGUUGAGCAGAACCGACUAGUCGUGGCAGCUAAAGUGAGGGACUCUCUGAUCCAUUCCAAGACGGACCCAGAAAUCGUGGCGGAGUUUGACACCGGAGGGUCGGAGUUGUUGUAUGAAAUAAGGCUGCUCAGUGUUCAGCAGCGGGCGGCGGCGGCGAGGUUCAUUUUGGAGAAGAAGCUUGAUGCAAAAGGAGCUGAGGACCUCGCACGUGCCACUAAGGACUUCCCAAGGAGGCGCGGGGAUAAGGGUUGGGAGAGCUUUGAUUAUACACACCCUGGAGAUUGUUUGGCGUUUAUGUACUAUAGGCAAGCUAGGGAGCAUAAGAAUCCUUCUGAGCCUAGGACUUCGGCUUUGGAGGAGGCAUUGAAGGUUGUGGAGAGUGAGAAGGCGAGGAAUGUGAUUCUUAAGGAGUUGGGAGGGGAGAGUGGGGAGAGUGAAGAGGAAGGGGAUGUUGUGGCGGGGGUGAAGGUUCCGGUGGUGAGGUUACAGUUUGGGGAGGUGGCAGAGUCGAGUAGGGUGGUGAUAUUGCCGGUUUGUAAGGCGGAGGAGAAGGAUAAGGAGGUAAUGGAGGCGCCGUGGGAGUGUGAGAGUGAGGGGGAGUUUGGUGUGGUGGUGGCGGAGAAGGGGUGGAAGAGGUGGGUGGUGCUGCCGGGGUGGGAGCCGGUUGUGGGGUUAGGAAAGGGGGGAGUGGUGGUGUCGUUUAGCGAUGCUAGGGUGUUGCCAUGGAAGGUGAAUAGGUGGUAUAAGGAGGAGCCUAUAUUGGUGGUGGCUGAUAGGAGUAAGAAGGAUGUGGAAGCUGAUGAUGGGUUUUAUUUGGCAGCCAUGGAUGGGGGUGAUAUGGGGUUUAAGGUUGAGAGGGGAUCGGCAUUGAAGGAAGCUGGUGUGACGGAGAGUUUGGGGACUGUGGUGUUGAUAGUGAGGCCACCAAAAGAUGAGACAGAAAAUGAAUUGGCUGACGAAGAUUGGGAGUGAAGGAAUGUGAGGAACUGAGGAUUUUGUUGUUGUAUGUGAAUCUUUGUGACAACUUACAAUGGAGAUUUAUACAAUUUAUACAAGAACUUUCAGUAAUGUUGGACACAUGAGAUGAGGUUUAGAUCAAUGCUCUAGAAGGGUUUUUUGCUCUCCUUACUUCUCUAGCCUUGAUGGCCAUGUUGUUGUAAUUUUCAGUUUUGUUCUUUUGUAGGAGGGUUUACCCUUUGUUUGUUGAUCUUACAUGUUGUUCAGUAUAUAUAAAAUGCUCUAUGAGUUCAUAA